UGUGCGUGGUAUCUCGUUAUCAGUCACAUGACUUGUGACAGGUGAUCGUCGAAGUGUGUUUUGUUGUUGUGAAGUUUCAAAUUUCAAUUCGUCUUUAAAAUGUCUGGGAAGGAUAAACUCCCCGUUUUUCCUUCAAGAGGAUCCCAAACUUUAAUGAAGAGUCGUCUGAAAGGAGCACAGAAUGGCCACAGUUUACUCAAGAAAAAAGCGGACGCCCUGCAGAUGCGAUUCAGGAUGAUUCUAGGAAAAAUUAUUGAGACGAAAACGCUUAUGGGAGAGGUAAUGAAAGAAGCUGCCUUCUCCUUAGCAGAAGCCAAAUUCACGACUGGAGAUUUUAAUCAAGUUGUCCUUCAAAACGUCACAAAAGCCCAGAUCAAAAUCAGAACCAAAAAGGAUAAUGUUGCAGGUGUGACUUUACCAGUAUUCGAAAGUUAUCAGGAUGGAUCAGACACCUACGAAUUGGCCGGUCUUGCUCGAGGAGGUCAACAAUUGGCAAAACUGAAGAAAAAUUAUCAGAGUGCUAUUAAAUUAUUAGUAGAGCUAGCGUCAUUACAAACGUCAUUUGUCACUUUAGAUGAAGUAAUUAAGAUUACCAACCGUCGUGUCAAUGCUAUUGAACACGUUAUAAUUCCUCGAAUCGAACGAACUUUGGCCUAUAUUAUUUCCGAGCUUGACGAACUAGAAAGAGAAGAAUUCUAUCGUCUGAAGAAAAUUCAAGAUAAAAAGCGCAUUGCCCGUGCUAAACGUGAAGCUGCCCUCCCGAAAGCAAAGGAUGUCGAAGUUGGCAACAUGCUGGACGAAGGUGAUGAGGAUCUUUUGUUCUAGGCUGCUCAGGUAUUUCCCGGCAGAAAACCAAAAUCAAGUGCAUUCUUGCGUUGUUACUUUUUAUUUAACCUCCAUGAUGUUUUAUUUUCUUGUUAUUGUUGGUUCGUGCGAGUAUGAUCAGGAUUCCUUUUUGAAAUGAGAAGCACUUGGUUUUUAUGAGUGCAUGAAGAAUUAACCCCCUAAUCUGAUGAUUGUGGGGCUUAGGUAGGUUUGUUUGGUUAUGAACUGUUCUUUAGAAGAUGAGAACAAUUGAAAAUUCUAGAGGUUCUCUUACCAUAUGCUAUCCUGUUCAUGGCAAUAUUACUCAACAGGGUAAUUUUCUGAUAACAGAUUUUAGCCAGAGAGAAGUGUUUUAAAAUUUAUUUGUACAAGUAAUGCGUAAGUUAAGGAGCGCACUUUAAUGUUGCAGGAUGCUUUCCUAAAAUUUUCCAUACCAAAAUUUGUAUCUCUCUUAUCUCAAGUGGCAGGCAGUUACACUUACAAAACAAGGAUUUCUAUUUGAUCUUGUGGAUCCUUUCAAUCUGUGAGAGUGACAAAAACUCAAUGGUCGAAAGUAACUAGCUUUGAUUUGCCUCAAAACAUCUCAAACUACAGAUUUGUACAGAUUGUAACUUUUUUAAUAAUAUUCCACUAUCUUUGCGAGAACUCGUGAAAUAAAAUUAAUGUUUGCCCUCAUUACAUAGGAUUUAUGAGCACAAAAAUGUAAUUUUUAUUUGAUGGUUUUGCUUCGGCUCAGAUUAUGCAAGUAUAUUCCCACCCCUGUAUUCUUUUUCCCAAUAAUCAUUCUGCAAAGUGACUAUUUUUAUCAUUGAUAUUGAUAUGGAUGUAAAAGGAAAAAACAGUUUAUGCGUCGGUAAAAAUCAAUAGAUUCCAGACUGUUUGUUGCUCAAAAAACUGACGUCCAUGAUGAUUGUUACAGUACCAAUAACGCUUUCACCAGGCCAUUUGAUAAGGAAAGCAAGGCUAAAGUGAUGAACUGAGGGUAAUUUUCAGCUUCAGUUCACAUUCAAUUGAUAAGCAGCAUUGAAAAGUAUUGUGAGCACCUUUCUCUCAUAAAUACGAUGUAACGCUGCUUAUUGUUUUAUUCACUGAAAGGAGAUAUCAGUGAUGAAAACUAGCGAAGCACCAAAAGAAACUGCCAUGACCUACCGUAAAACAGCCAUGUCUUGAUUUUCAAUCGUUUAUCAAAAUCUUUUUUGUGAAAAACUAUAUCGGUGACCGAAAUGUCCAACCUGCUAUGUAAUUUAAACAUCUUAUAAAAACUUUCUUACAAAAGCGGGCUCUUUUACUUCUUAAUUUAGCAAUAACAAUGUUAUAAUUGAUAUGGAAUCACUUAGGAAAAAAUGCCAUUGGUGCUGGGAGCAACUCAACUGGUUUCCUCCCAUGUCUAUAUCAUUAUCCUGUGAUACGCAGAGGUUCACAAAAUUUUACUCCCUCAAGUUUUCACAGAAUCGAGAGGUAAAGUUUCCAAAGCAACAAUGCAAAAAAUAACCAAAAUUCAGAGGAAUUGUUAACGAUUUUGAUAAUGCCUGGAAUUUCAAAAGAAAUGACUGUGGCUUUGCCAGCUUUCAAAGGGCUUCCAACUUUAUCCAAGAGCACUGAUUCCAAAAUUUCUGCAUCUGUAGUCAGAUUUGGGCAAUUUAUUAACUUUUGCAUUAUGAUUCUUAGAGUAUAAAAGUUUAUGAUGCUGUACUGGAUAGCUCUAUCUUAGCUUCCAAAACAAAUUUCGAAGUUACCCUCUAGUAGUUCUGAGAGCUGAUUUCUCGUCUUUUAUGAACAUCUCUUGUGUUUGACUGCCGAAUCAAAAUAAUCGCCAGCUACAAAAUAACAUUUCCAUCAUUUUUAAAGAAGGAGCGUAAUUUAGACUUAUUUUUCUCUGUCAGUUUCAAGCCACUAAGGAGUAAGUAUACUUUAUGUAUUUUUUUUUAAUUUUUUUUCAAUUUGAAUGUUUCAAGUAAUCCUUAUCGGUCGUAGUGUAUAUUUUUCCCCCCUCAAGCAUGAACUCAGCAAUUUAUUCGCAACCAUCAUACUUGUAUUUUAAACGUAGUAUCAAUUCCUCAAUCGUUUGUUAAUCGACUUCGGAAACGAGAAAGGAUUACUUGUUUUGCCUCGCCCUGUCAAUGGUCUGUUUACUCCUGUUUUCUAUUCCCACUCGCAGAGAAAUAUUCUUUGCCAGAUGUCCAAGUUUUAAUUAAUUAAGGAAUUUAAAGUGAUGAUUAACUUAUGAGUUCCUCAAUGAGAAGGAUUAAAAUUUGUAUCAAGCCCAAGUUUUUAAAGUUUCUCUUACUGACAGAUUUUUAUGAGUAGAGUUCCCUCUCGUAACAUUGAAGGUGUCCUGAGUAAAUGUGUAAUUGUUUCUAGUAUUAAAGUUCUUUAGCUGUAAGUUCAAGUAUCAGUAGUUUUUUCCCCUUUUUUUUAAAGAGAAAAAAGGUAACGAUUAUAAAAUUGUUACGAAGUGAAGAAAUAUGUCGUGCAUUUAGUGAAGAGUAAUUUGGGACAAUCGUUAAGUUAUUACCUAUUCUUCCAUGUUACUCAUUUCAACUCAAACGUUUUAGUGCGUACAUCUGUGUCCGCAUGUUAUCGUAUACUUUUCUACAGCAAAAUGCACAAACGUGAUCAAGUGUAAAAAAAAUUGUACAAAAAAGAAUCAUGUAUUAUCUUGUUGAUCGAUUUUGUCGAAUAUUUUAUUCAAAAUGUUUUAAAAGAAAUAAAAAUACUGAUGUAAACAUUCCAA